CAACCUCCAACUGGCUUGCCCUUCCUUGCCCUGUAAAUUCCUUGUCGGGCAUUCUCUCUAAUAAAUGCCUCUGGCCACAGGAGGGAGUGACCUCAACAAGCCCCUGCCUACACUAGGCAUAGAUGGGAAGGGAGGUGGGGUGAGACAAACACCACAGGGGACAGGGACACUCACUGCGCCCUGCAGCUUCUUAGUCCUUCAAGCAGCCAGGACAGCGCGCCGCGGGGACAGCACUGAGCACUGUCGACCGUGGCAGCGCGCGGCAGGACAAGGGCCAUGCUCCUAGACUGCCCGCGCUUCUUCUUCCUGGUGGUUCUGGGCACCCGCUGGGCGGGCUGGGGCAGCCACCAGGCAGAGGCCGCGCGGCUAAGACAAUUCUAUGUGGCCGCUCAGGGCAUCCUCUGGAACUACCAUCCUGAGCCCACAGAUCCAAGUAUGAAUUCUAUCCCUUCCUUCAAGAAAAUUGUCUACAGAGAGUAUGAGCCAAAUUUUCAGAGAGAAAAACCACGGUCUAGCAACUCAGGACUUCUCGGACCCACUUUAUAUGCUGAAGUUGGCGACAUCGUUAAAGUUCACUUUAAAAACAAGGCAGACAAACCACUGAGCAUCCAUCCUCAAGGGGUUAAAUACAGCAAAUUUUCCGAAGGAGCUUCUUACCCGGACCACACAUUCCCUGCGGAGAAGAAGGAUGAUGCUGUGGCUCCUGGAGAAGAAUACACCUAUGAAUGGGUCAUCAGUGAGGACAGCGGGCCCACACCUGAUGACCCACCAUGCCUCACCCACAUCUACUACUCCUAUGAAAACCUGACCCAGGAUUUCAACUCGGGUCUGAUUGGGCCUCUGCUUAUCUGCAAGAAAGGCACCCUGACUGAGGACGGGACUCAGAAGAUGUUUGACAAGCAACGUGUGCUUCUGUUUGCUGUGUUUGAUGAAAGCAAGAGCUGGAGCCAGUCACCAUCUCUAAUGUACACAAUCAAUGGCUUUGUGAAUAGGACGAUGCCAGAUAUAGCAGUCUGUGCCCAUGAUCACGUCAGCUGGCAUCUGAUUGGGAUGAGCUCGGGGCCAGAAAUGUUUUCUAUUCACUUCAACGGCCAAGUCCUAGAGCACAACCAGCACAAAGUGUCCACCGUCACUCUGGUCAGUGCGACGUCUACGACUGCGAACAUGACUAUGAGCCCAGAAGGAAAGUGGAUAGUUUCUUCUCUCAUCCCAAAGCAUUAUCAAGCUGGGAUGCAGGCUUACAUUGACAUUAAAAACUGCCCAAAGAAAACGAGGAACCCCAAGACACUCACUCGAGAGCAGAGGCGGCACAUGAAGAGGUGGGAGUACUUCAUCGCCGCAGAGGAGGUCAUUUGGAACUAUGCACCUGUGAUACCCGCCAAUAUGGACAAAAAAUACAAGUCUCUGCACUUGGAUAAUUUCUCAAACCAAAUCGGGAAACAUUACAAGAAAGUGAUUUACAGGCAGUAUGAAGAAGAGACCUUCACCAAACGCACCGAGAAUCCCAGUAUCAAACAAAGUGGGAUUUUGGGCCCUGUUAUUAGAGCCCAGGUCAGGGACACACUCAAGAUCGUGUUCAAAAAUAUGGCCAGCCGACCCUACAGCAUUUACCCUCAUGGGGUGACCUUCUCUCCUUACGAAGAUGGAGUCAACUCUUCCUCCACCUCAGGCAGUCACACCAUGAUCAGACCAGUUCAACCAGGGGAAACCUUCACUUACAAAUGGAACAUUCUAGAGUUUGACGAACCCACGGAAAGCGAUGCCCAGUGCCUAACAAGACCAUACUACAGUGAUGUGGACGUUACAAGGGACAUUGCCUCUGGGUUGAUAGGGCUGCUUCUAAUUUGUAAGAGCAGGUCCCUGGACCAGAGAGGCGUACAGAGGGUAGCAGACAUUGAGCAGCAGGUCGUGUUCGCUGUGUUUGACGAGAACAAGAGCUGGUACAUUGAGGACAACAUCAACAAGUUUUGUGAGAAUCCCGAUGAGGUGAAGCGUGAUGACCCCAAGUUUUACGAAUCAAACAUCAUGAGCACUAUCAAUGGCUACAUCCCUGAGAGCAUUUCCACUCUAGGAUUCUGUUUUGAUGACACUGUCCAGUGGCACUUCUGCAGUGUGGGAACACAAGAUGAUAUUUUGACCAUCCACUUCACUGGGCAUUCGUUCAUCUAUGGGAGGAGGCACGAGGACACCCUGACCCUGUUUCCCAUGAGUGGUGAAUCCGUGACUGUCACAAUGGAUAACGUUGGAACUUGGAUGUUGACCACCAUAAAUUCCAAUCCGAAACGCAGAAACCUAAGACUGAGAUUCAGGGAUGUUAAAUGUAUCCGGAAUGAUGAUGACGAAGACUCAUAUGAGAUUUAUGAACCUCUUGCACCUACAUCCAUGACAACCCGGAAAAUUCAUGACUCCAUAGAAAAUGACUUCGGCAUAGACAACGAAGAUUAUGAUUACCAGUACAUACUGGCGUCAUCACUAGGAAUUAGGUCAUUCAGAAACUCAUCAUUGAAUCCAGAGGAAAAUGAGUUCAAUCUCACUGCUCUCGCUCUAGAGAACAUAUCUGAGUUCAUAUCUCCAAGCACAGACAGAGUAGUUGGCUCAAACUCUUCAAGAAACCUUAGUAAUAGCACCAGUAAUAAUCUCAAAGACUCUCAAGGAACACUUCCUGGCUCAGAAGUCACCAUGGCUGAUACCCUCCUUGGAAACCUCACUGACUUAAAUGAGAGCUUCGUCCUCAACCCUUCUACAGAACAUCAUUCCAGCUCAUAUCAUAAAAACAAUUUGGAAAAUCCCCAGUCAAACAUCACAGUGGUAUACCUACUUCCUCUUGGUCCAAAGGGAUCAGGGAGUCAAGAACAGGCUAAACCUAAAACAAUCAAGACUGGAAGACCCCACAUGAUGAAGCACAGGUUCUCCUGGAUGAAAGCGCCAGCCGGCAAAACUAGGAGGCAUCCAAACCUAAAGAAUACUUAUUCCAGAGUAAAGUCUGAGGAGGACAUUCCUAGUGAUUUGUUACUCUUAAAACAGAAGAUCACACCCAAAUUUCUGAAUAGACGAUGGCAUGUGGCUUCUGAAAAGGGUAGUUAUGAAAUAAUACCAGAAAAUGGUGAAGACACAGAUGUUGAUAAGCUGACAAAGAGUCCUCAAAAUCAGACUAUCCCAGUGCCUUGGGGAGAGAGCACCUCUCACACAAACACAACAAGAAAGCCAAGUGACCUCCCAACAUUUUCUGGAGUUAGACAUAAGUCUCCACACGUAAGACAGGAGGAAGAGAACAGUGGUUUUCAGAAAAGACAGUUACUCAUCAGGACACGGAAGAAGAAGAAUAGAAGGCUGGCACCUCACAGUCCUCUAUCUCCAAGAAGCUCUUACCCUCUGAGAGAUGACCAUCCCUCGUUUUUAGACAGGGGACUACUUAAUCAUUCACUGUUACUCCACAAGUCCAAUGAAACGGCUCUUUCUACAGACCUAAAUCAGACCUCCUCAAUGAGCACUGACAGGUCACUUCCUGACUCUAAGCAGUAUGCCUCAAAUGACACUGAGCACAUGAGCUCUUCCUUAGAUCUUUACCAGUCAGUGCCCCCAGAGGAACAUUCUCCAACAUUUCCUGCCCAAGAUCCAGAUCAAACACACUCUACCACAGAUCCUAGCUCCAGAUCCUCUCCCCCAGAGCGCAGCCAGGGACUUGAUUAUGACCUAAGCCAUGAAUUUUACCCUGAUGACAUCAGUCAAACAUCUGUCUUUCCAGACCAAAGUCAAAAGCCGCCUCUCUCUUCAGAUGAUGGCCAAGUAAUCCCUUCCUCAGACUUAAGCCCCUUUACCAUCUCUCCAGAAUUGGAUCAGACAAUUAUUUACCCAGACCUGGAUCAGUUGCUCCUUUCUCCAGAUGACAAUCAGAACACCUCUUCACCAGAUCUGGGUCAGGUGCCCCAUUCUCCUGAUGACCUCAAGAACACCUCUUCCCCAGACCUGGGUCAGGUGUCCCUUUCUACUGAUGACCUCCAGAAUACCUCCUCCCCAGAUCUGGAUCAGUUGCCCUUUUCUACUGACAACCAGAACACCUCCUCCCCAGACCUGGGUCAGGUGCCCCUUUCUCCUGACAACCAGAAGACCUCCUCCCUGGACUUGGAUCAGGUGCCCCUUUCUCCUGAUGACCUCCAGAACACCUCCUCCCCAGAUCUGGGUCAAGUAUCUCUUUUUCCUGAUGACAAUCAGAAUUACUUCCUAGACCUGGGUCAGAUACCUCUCUCCUCAGACCAAAGCCAGGAGACCUCCUCCACAGACCUUAGCCUACUGACUCUCUCUCCUGAUUUUGGUCAGACAGUCCUUUUCCCAGACUUGGAUCAGAUGCCCCUCCCUUCAGACAACAGUCAGGUGACCCUUUCCCCAGACCUCAGCCUCUUGACCCUCUCACCAGAUUUUAAUGAGAUAAUCCUAUCCCCAGACCUUGGUCAGGUGACCCUCUCCCCAGACCUCAUCCAGACAAACCCCGCUCUUAACCACGGGCCCAGAGCAGCCUCUGCAGACUUUGGUCGAGCAUCUUACCCUCCAGAUUCUGGUCAGGCUUCACCCCUUCCAGAACUGAAUCAGACUCUUCCCCAUCCAGAUCUCGUUCACACACCAUCUCCUUUACCAUCUCCCACACCCAGUAACACUUCUCUGUCAGAGAAGUUUAACCCUCUUGUUGUAGUCGGUCUCAGUAGAGUGGAUGGAGACGACGUCGAGAUUGUUCCAAGUGUGGAGCUGGAGAGCAUAGAUGAAGAUUACGCUGAGGACGACUAUGUAACUUAUAAUGACCCCUACAGAACAGACACCAGGACAGAUGUCAACUCCUCCAGAAAUCCUGACACUAUUGCAGCAUGGUACCUCCGCAGCCACGGGGGAAACAAAAAAUACUACUAUAUUGCAGCUGAAGAAAUAUCCUGGGAUUAUUCAAAAUUUGCACAAAGUGAAAUGGACCAUGAAGACACAGACCACACUCCAAAGGACACCACAUACAAGAAAGUCGUUUUCAGGAAAUACCUUGAUAGCACUUUCACAAGUCGUGAUCCUCGGGCAGAAUAUGAGGAACACCUUGGCAUUCUUGGUCCUGUAAUCCGGGCUGAAGUGGAUGAUGUGAUCCAAGUUCGAUUUAAAAAUUUAGCAUCCAGACCGUAUUCUCUUCAUGCCCACGGACUUUCCUAUGAAAAAUCCUCAGAGGGAAAGACUUAUGAAGAUGACUCUCCUGAAUGGUUUCAAGAAGAUGAUGCUGUCCAGCCCAAUAGCAGUUACACCUAUGUGUGGCAUGCCACCGAGCGCUCAGGGCCAGAGAACCCUGGCUCUGCCUGCCGGGCUUGGGCCUACUAUUCUGCAGUGAAUGUGGAGAGAGACAUCCACUCAGGCUUGAUCGGUCCCCUUCUGAUCUGCCGGAAAGGAACACUGCACAAGGAGAGCAACCUGCCCAUGGACAUGAGAGAGUUUAUCUUACUCUUCAUGGUCUUUGAUGAGAAGAAGAGCUGGUACUAUGAAAAGUCCAAAGGGUCAUGGAGAAUUGAAUCCCCAGAAGCGAAAAAUUCUCACAAGUUCUAUGCAAUUAAUGGGAUGAUCUACAACCUGCCUGGCCUGAGAAUGUAUGAGCAAGAGUGGGUGAGGCUACACCUGCUGAACAUGGGCGGCUCCCAAGAUAUUCAUGUGGUUCACUUCCACGGCCAGACCCUGCUGGAUAACAGGACCAAACAGCACCAGUUAGGGGUCUGGCCCCUUCUGCCUGGCUCAUUUAAAACUCUUGAAAUGAAGGCAUCCAAGCCUGGCUGGUGGCUCCUAGACACAGAGGUUGGAGAAAACCAGGUAGCCGGCAUGCAAACGCCAUUUCUCAUCAUAGACAAAGAGUGUAAGAUGCCAAUGGGCCUAAGCACUGGUGUCAUAUCUGAUUCACAGAUCAAGGCUUCAGAAUAUUUGACUUAUUGGGAGCCCAGAUUAGCAAGAUUAAAUAAUGCUGGUUCAUAUAAUGCUUGGAGUAUAGAAAAAAAUGCAUUAGAUUUUCCCAUUAAACCUUGGAUCCAGGUGGACAUGCAGAAGGAAGUCGUAGUCACCGGCAUACAAACCCAAGGUGCUAAACACUACCUGAAGUCUUGCUUUACCACGGAGUUCCAAGUGGCUUACAGCUCUGACCAAGUCAACUGGCAGAUCUUCAGAGGGAACAGCAAGAAGAAUGUGAUGUAUUUUACUGGCAAUUCAGAUGCCUCUACAAUAAAAGAGAAUCGGCUUGACCCACCGAUUGUGGCUAGAUACAUUAGAAUACAUCCAACAAAAUCCUAUAACAGACCCACCCUUCGGCUGGAGCUGCAGGGCUGUGAGGUGAACGGAUGUUCCACACCACUGGGCCUGGAAGAUGGAAGGAUUCAAAACAAGCAAAUUACUGCAUCUUCAUUUAAAAAGUCAUGGUGGGGAGAUUACUGGGAGCCUUCUCUUGCCCGCCUGAAUGCCCAGGGCCGUGUGAACGCCUGGCAAGCCAAGGCAAACAACAACAAGCAGUGGUUACAAGUCGAUCUGCUCAAAAUCAAGAAGGUAACGGCCAUCGUUACGCAGGGCUGUAAGUCUCUGUCCUCUGAGAUGUACGUGAAGAGCUACAGCAUCCAGUACAGUGACCAGGGUGUGUCGUGGAAACCUUACCGGCAGAAAUUCUCCAUGGUGGACAAGAUUUUUGAAGGAAAUAGCAAUACCAAAGGGCAUAUGAAGAACUUUUUCAACCCACCUAUUAUUUCCAGAUUUAUUCGCAUCAUUCCUAAAACAUGGAACCAAAGCAUUGCACUUCGCCUGGAACUCUUUGGCUGUGACAUUUAUUAGAAUUAAAUAUCAAAAAAAAAAAAAAAAAAGGAAAAGAGAAUAAAAGCUGAAGAAACUCCUUCAGGCCUAAACCAUUCAGAGCAGGCAAUAUAGUAUGGAUAUUUUAAAUGUUAACAAACUUUCUGCUAUUUUUUUUCUAAUAGAGAAUAAAGUUUAUAUAUGAAGCUUUUACAAUGUUCCUUCAUCACUGCCAUUAAGUGAGAGGGCGACUAUUAUUUCUUCACUGAUUUGAAUAUAAAUGGGAAAAUAUUAAGACCCGGCAAGGAUAUAACUGUCUUUCACCCUGAUUAAAAACGUUAUAUAAUGUAAUAGUUAUAUAAUGGAUUGAUUUGAUUCACUAUGGCUCUUUCAAAUCCUGUAGACAUUAAAGAUAUUACUUUUGGAAACUUC